UGAAGGUCCAGGACAAUUUUUGGGAGUUGGUUCUCUCCUUCCCCCUUCUUUAGGCAGGAUUGCUCUGGUUUCUGCAGUGUGCUCCAGAUUACCUGGCCCUAGAGCUUCCAGCCAAGUCUCCUGUGUUCACCUCCCAUCUCACAGUACGUGUGCUGGUAUUACAGAUGUGCAUUCCUACAUCAUCAGCUUUUUACGGGAGUUCUGGGGAUCAAACUCAAAUUGUCAGGAGUCACGGAGGCGCACCAGCCCUAGUCCCCAACUGCGCCGCCAUGGAGGCCCUGGGUGCUGGGGGCGACCACGCCUCCCCAGCCUCAUCCACUGGAAGCCUGGACUUGCGCCGGCUGUCCACACGUGCUGACUCGGCCUACAGCUCGUUCUCCGCGGCAUCUGGUGGCCCUGAGACGCGCACACCAUCUCCUGGCACCGAGCUCCUUCCUUACCUAGACUGGGAUUAUGUGCGCGUGGUUUGGGGCGGCGGGUCCACUACCCCGCACAAUGACGUCCUGCGCAUCACCCAGCGGCCCCGGCCAGCCCUCGCUGUGCGCAGUGAGCCGCGGCCGUCAGAGGUCCAGGGAAGCUCUGCACCACUCAGCAGACAGGCCACCCCGCUGCUGUACGCGCUGGCGGCGGAGGCUGAGGCCGCGGCUCGAACUUCAGAGCCGCCCAGCCCACCUGCGUCGCGGGCCGCCUACCGCCAACGGCUGCAGGGCGCGCAGCGGCGAGUGCUGCGGGAGACAUCCUUCCAGCGGAAGGAACUCCGCAUGAGCCUGCCCGCCCGCCUCCGGCAUCCCGCGGUGCACCUGCGCUCAGCCUCGCUCAGCCACCGGAUCCAGGAUGCCGAGCCAGUGCGCAUCUCGACGGCGACGCUGGGUACCACAGGCCCCGGGCGUCUCGCCACCCAGCAGCGGAUGUGUUGCUUCUCUGAGCCAGGAAAACUGCAUCGCCUGGGAUGGAGCGGUGGGCUCACCGACGAGGGCUUGAGUAAGGCCUGCUCCAGCUCUGGCGUCGCCAGGCCCGACACUCAGGAGUUGCCCCGUGGGGUGCGCACUGAGUUCAAAGGCCUACAGGAGGCCCAGGCCCGAAGUGCAGUGGAGCUGGGCUGUGGGUUCGCAAAGCUUGGCAAUGCCUGUAUGCCUGCGAGUCCGAGUCACAGCACUUCAGGGGAGGCCAUGGGUCCCUGCAGAGGUUCAGAAAGGACUGUGGUCACUAUCCAGGAUGUUCCUCCAAGAGCAGAAACCCCCGGACCACUGCCUCAGACUAAGCUUCCCAGGAUGCCCCAGGUGUCUGAUGGACAGUUUGAAAAUGGCUUAAGCCAAAAGGCUGGCCAGGCUACAGUCUCUGCAGAGUGCCCCUUCCAUGAAUGCUCAGGAACUACAGGGGCAGAUGAUUACUGGCAAGGGGCAAACACUUCUGUGGGUGUCUCCAGUCCCCCAAGUUGUGGCCCUCCUGGAACUGCAAAUGGUGACAACACAACCACUGACCCCACUGGUCUGCUGACUGCCGACCCCUCUGCAGCUACAAAGAAUGACCCCCUCAAGCCUCCCUCAGUCUGUGCCCCUCAGUCUGCAGACUAUGGUACUGGUACUCCAGGGGGCCCUCACUAUACUUCCUUGACCAAAGGCACUAGUCAGACUGACUCCAAGCCAGCCUGGCCUAGUCAGCAUUUUGAGGAGUUGGUUCAGGAGCUGGCCAGGCUGGAUCCCUCUUUGAGUGACACUCUUGCCUCACAGUCCAGUCCAGAGCUGCCUCUGGGCCUGCUAGAUGGGUUGAUUCCAUCCAUAGAGGUAUGGGCUGCAGUGAGGCCAACUUGUGAGGAGGCUGGACAGGAUGCUGGAGAAGAUACUGGAGAGGAUGCUGUUGGUGCUUCUGAGGCAGGGUCCCAUGGAUGCCGCCUCAUCCAGCAACUGCCAACUUCUGGGGAGGUGCCAAGGUCUGAAAACUCUACUCUGGACCCUAUGCCUGACCAGCCAAGUGGCCACGGGCUCCAGGCACCAAACCACAGCAUUGAGGCCAAGAAAGUGGAACUAGCCAGCAUUCUCCAAAAGAUGCUGCGGGAUCUUCAUGCUGAGCAGGAGCGGCUGCAGGGGACUGCUGCAGCCUGGGCAGGAUUAAAGGCAGCUCUGGAGGCUGCAGUGAGCCAGGCCUGUGCGUCCAGGGAGCUAGAGCGGUUCAGCAGGUUCAUCACUGACCUAGAGCGCGUGCUUGGUUUAUUGCUGCUGCUGGGCAGCCGCCUGGCUCGUGUACACUUCGCCUUGGCCAAGACAAGCUCAGACAGUGACCCUGAGGAGCGGGCCUCUCUGCUUCAGAGACUCCGCCUUCUGCAGCGGCAGCAGGAAGAUACUAAGGAUUUGAAGGAGCAUGUGGCUCGAAGGGAACGUGCUCUGCGGGAGGUGUUGGAACAGGCGCUGUCCAAAGAGCAUCUGCACUCCUACUGCAUGCUACUGGCCACCAAGGCCAAGAUCCUGUCCCAGCAGCUCAGCCUGGAUGAGCAAAUCCGGCUCCUUCAGGAUCACCUGGAAAUCAUCCAGAGUGACCUCAGCCAUCAGCCUCUUUCUUCCAGACUGCCCUGGUCCUCAGGAAUCUGCUCCCUGGAUAAACCACGUUUCCCUGCUCCCCCUAUCUAGUUACAGGUGGUAGAGAUGGGAGAACUUCGAUUAGGGCCACACUGGCUUAUGAGAGAGUGAGGAGAGCCCAGACCAGGCCUUCCCAGAACCCACUUCCUUCUCCUGUGUAUUAUUUGAAAAUUAAUUUGUGGGUUUUAAAAACUGCAGUAUUCAAGCCUGGCCUGGUGCUGCAAGUCUGUAAAUGCCAGUGGCUGAAGCAGAAGGACAGAAAGUUUAAUUGCUCUCUGGGCUGCAGAGCAAGCUCAAGGCUGCCCUGGGCAACUUAGGAGAGGCAGAGCAUGGUUGUUGGGUGCCUGCCCAAUAUAUGUGAGGCAUUGUGCUUUAGUACUGUAACAACAACAAAAACAAAGUAAAACAAGCAAACAAAAUCCCUGCAACAUCACACACGACUGAAUUUGUGGUGGAGAAGAGCUCUGUCGGGCUUGGUUAGAGGGAGAGGAGGAGUACUUCAACUUAAGGUGCAAAACAGUAUUUCAUUUUAUUUUUCUAAUAAAUUUCCUAAGAGAA